AUGGCUUCACUCGAAGAACAAGAUAACCCAGCCUGGCCUCCAGGCACCGUUCGGCUUGAAGAGGAAGACCGUGCAAGCCAAAUCAUUCAGCAACCCCAGCCAUCAAGAGACCCAAACGACCCAUUGAACUGGCCGAACCGUUUGAAGUACUGGAACUUUGGACUUGCUGCUUUCUAUACUCUGAUGGUCUUUGCACUGAUUGAUGCCGCCACUCCAACUUGGGCUCCCAUGCACGAGCAACUGGGUUUUAGCUACGACAUCUUGAAUACUAGUUAUGCUGUUGGCUGUGGAGCUCUUGCCAUCGGGGCUUGUGUCUUGAUCCCAUUCGCCCUCAAAUAUGGUCGACGUCCCAUCUACAUCUGCAGCACUGCUAUCCAGUUCGGCGUCAGCAUCUGGUCCGCCCAUCAACAGACUGUUGCGGAUUUGAUGAUGGUCAACAUUCUGAGUUGUUUCAUGGGCGCCCUCGCCGAGACUGUGGUUCAGAUGACCGUCGCCGAUGUCUUUUUCGUCAACCAACGUGGAACCAUGAACGCCAUCUUCUUCUGGUCGACGAGGAUUGGAGCUUCCUUGGCCCCAUUAGCGGCUGGUUAUGUCACCAUAUCUCAAGGAUGGCGCUGGGUAUGGUGGUGGAUUGCCAUCUUCUUCGGAGUCCUUCUCUUGGCCAUGAUCUUCGGAUAUGAAGAGACAAAGUUUGUUACUCCGCCGAUUGACGGCGUUUCCCAGCUUCAUCAGCCGGGUAUUGAGGGAAUCAGACGUUCGAAAGAUACCGACCAUCCCUUGUCCUCAAAGGAGCCCAAUACUAAUUUCACGGUCUCCGACAUCGACAGCACCAUUUCAAGAAAGUCAUACAGAGAGCGUCUCGCUUUGACAACAUCUUCACCUGGGUCCCUCGGGUCCUUCGUUCGUCACUGUUACCAGCCUUUCCAAAUUCUCUUUUCGGUUCCUGGGGUUUUCUACAUGUCUCUCGUAUACGGAGCAAUGAUGAUCUCAUCCAACAUCCUGGUCACGACGCUUUCCAACUGGAUGACUCGAGCGCCUUACAACUUCAACCCCGAUCAGAUUGGGCUCAUGAGUCUCGCUCCGUUCACAGGAUCGACUCUGGGGACCCUCAUUUGCGGUCCGCUCAGCGACUGGUGGAUCCUGUAUCUGUCCAGACGAAACAAGGGAAUCUACGAGCCUGAAAUGCGACUUUGGGUCAUGGCAGCUUUUGCCCCUUUUGUACCCAUUGGCAUGAUCCUUUUCGGGGUCGGGUUGAGCAGCGGCUGGCCAUGGCCUGUACUGGCUGUGAGCUAUGCGUUAUGCAGCUUCGGCACAGCGCCAGCUGGAACCAUUUCCCUCACUUACAUCACAGAUGCUUACACCGAGGUUGUCGGUGAUGCCAUGGUUGGAGUGACCUUCAUUCGCAACAUGUGCUCGUUCAUCAUCAUCUUCGCUCUGCCUCCUUGGAUCGCCGCCGCAGGGGUACAGACUGUAUACAUUGUAAUUGGAGUCUUCAUAACCGCAAUUCUUUUCGGAAGUGGCAUAUUCAUCGUGUUUGGAAAGCGGUUCAGGUUCCGAUUCCGCAAGAGCAAAGCGUACUUCGAGAAUGUCCACCUUCAAUAUCCUUUCUUGCACGAGCCGACCUUCAGAAAGUGGGAGAAGGAUGUUGCUGGGCCUGACUCUGCGUGUGCCGAUCCUACUCAGUUAUUCUUUGUCAAUAUGGUGUAUGCCAUAGGUGCCCUUUUGAAAUCCAAUCCUAAGUCACUACCACAACAACUCUACGCCUCGGCACUUUUACAUCUUGACCAUGUCCUAUCGAAAAAGAACCUUGAGUCUAUCCAGGCACUGCUAUGUUGUGCAUUGUUCUCUAUUCGAUCUGCCACGGGGCCCUCUGUAUGGAAUCUCUCUGGAUUGGCAUUGCGCCAAUGCAUCGAGCUUGGAUACCAUCGAAGCAUCAAAAAGAUGAAUCUCAGAACCAGUGUUCUCAGGCUGGAGUUGCGGAAACGCGUUUUCUGGUGCGCGUAUCAGAUGGACUGUGCUGCAUCGGUCAAUCUUGGGCUUCCCUUGAGCCUUCCCAUCCAAGAAGUCGACACUGAGGAACAACUAUCAUCGCUCCGCAAAGAUGUUGACGAAUGGAUGGCAGAGACACCAGCGGAACCCCUGAGAGCUGGUGUUCCGCUUACCGUGUUUGCAAACGCUGAAGACUGGAGGUUGACAUACUAUGAGACGAUUCUCUUCCUCUACCGUGGAAAACUGACGGACAGGAAUAGCACAAAUGAAGAGCUACUUCUUGAAUGCACUCAGGCUGCCAGCAACAUCUGUCAAUCAUGCAAACGGCUGUACAUCGGGAAGCCGAUCAACUACACCUGGUCAACUCUUCAUGUUCUGUUUUUGGCUGGGUUGACCUACAUGCACUGCCUUUGGACUUCUCCGGCCGUUAGGCAGGCUGUGAGAAUCGAUAGUGCCAGCAAUAUCUUCACGACCUGCACAAUGUUACUCGCCAUCAUGGCGGAACGCUGGGAGGCUGCUACACCAUACCGGAAUCUGUUCGAAGCGCUGUCGUCACGGACAAUGGCUAUGAUGGUUGAGCGGAAUCAGCAAGAACGACAAGAAACUCUGCCGUCCCCCUCUGAGUCUGGAAACGCAAACGUUGAAGAUCUGACCAACUGGGCUGCUCAAAUUGCCGACGUUAAUAUGCCUGACGCCUACGGAAGUCUCUUGAGCGGUCUUAUUGGGGACUUUGGCACGCAAGAGGAGGCACAAGAGUUUUAUGAUAGUCUGUGGAACUUUUGA